AUAAUCUUUGGAGGCGGUAACUUUUCCCGCGUAAAUUGGUCAUUGUUUGUGAUAUUGCUGUGUGUGGUGUAGUUUAUUUUGACCAAAUAGUGGGAAUUAUUGUUUUUGUUUUGCCAUGAGUAAUCCACCAUCUGUUGUUCCACCAUCACCUGGUGGCUCAGAAGAUGGCUCAGACUUUGAAGGCCCAUUUCGGAUGCGCCCUUCUCGAGACGACGAUAUCCAGUCUCCCUUUACCCCGCAUGAUGCAAGUCGAGGGUCAGGGGCAAGUGAUGAGGAAAGUGAUGGAGAGGAGCUCUUUGGAGACAAUAUGGAGAAUGAUUAUCGUGCAAUACCAAAGCUGGAUCGAUAUGCAGAUGAAGGCCUGGAUGAUUUUGACUACGAUCCAAUAUCAAUGGCAGAUCGUUUGGCGGCUGAAAUUACAAUGAAAAGACGUGAACGAGAAGCAGAUGCUCGCCGAGAUGACUUUCAUCUUAUUUAUGAUCCAAGUGAUGAUGAAGAUGCGCCUACAAAGAGGAAAAGGAGAUUGGCAGAGAAGUCUGCUGCUGGGGAGCUUGGAGAAGAUGAAAUGAUUGAAUCCUUGGAAAACCUUGAGGAUACUAAAGGACAUCCAAUUAGAGAAUGGGUCUGUAUGUUAGGUCCACGAACUGAAAUAAUGAACCGUUUCAGGCAUUUUUUGCGGACAUAUACUAACAAAAAAGGUCAAGCAGUGUAUAAAGACCGAAUUCGUCGCAUGUGCGAAUACAAUCAAUCCAGCUUUGUUGUUGACUUCCCACAUCUAGCAUUCAAAGAACAAGUGCUGGCAUUUUUCCUUCCUGAUGCUCCAAUAGAAAUGCUGAAAAUAUUUGAUGAAGUAGCUACAGAGUUGGUGUUUAACAUAUUUCCAAGUUACGGGAGAGUUACAAGUGAAAUUCAUGUCAGAAUUGCGGAACUUCCACUUAAAGAAGAGAUACGUUCAUUGAGGAAAGUGCAUCUAAAUCAGCUGGUCCGUACUAGAGGUGUGGUUUCAACAACUACUGGUGUUCUGCCACAGUUAUCACUUGUCAAAUAUGACUGUAACAAGUGUGGCUGUGUGUUGGGUCCAUUUGUACAGAAUCAAAGUGAAGAUCUUAAACCUGGAUCAUGUCCAGAAUGUCAAAGCAGAGGGCCUUUCAUGGUGAACAUGGAGGAGACCGUUUAUCGUAACUUCCAAAAGAUUACAAUUCAGGAGUCACCAGGGCGUAUUCCCGCUGGUCGUAUUCCACGAUCAAAGGAAUGUAUACUAUUGGGCGAUCUUUGUGACAGGUGUAAGCCAGGUGAUGAGAUAGAUCUCACAGGAGUAUACACAAAUAACUAUGAGGGCUCCUUAAAUACAGAACAGGGAUUCCCUGUCUUCAACACAGUUAUCUUAGCAAAUUAUAUUGUUGUAAAAGACUGCAAGCAUAUUGUUGAGUCAUUAUCAGAUGAUGAUGUACAUGCCAUCAUGAAGUUGUCCAAGGAUCCACAGAUUGCUGACAGAAUAAUUUUUAGCAUUGCACCAUCCAUCUAUGGCCAUGCUUUUAUUAAAAGGGGUCUGGCACUUGCAUUAUUUGGAGGAGAACCAAAAAAUCCUGGGCAAAAACACAAGGUGAGAGGUGAUAUCAACAUGCUGAUAUGUGGAGAUCCUGGUACAGCAAAGUCACAGUUUCUUAAGUAUACAGAGAAGGUAGCUCCCCGAGCAAUAUUCACAACAGGCCAGGGGGCAUCUGCUGUUGGUCUGACUGCGUAUGUGAAUCGAAACCCCAUUACACGCCAGUGGACGCUGGAGGCUGGAGCACUUGUCUUGGCCGACAGAGGUGUCUGUCUCAUUGAUGAAUUUGACAAGAUGAAUGACCAGGACCGAACAUCCAUUCAUGAAGCCAUGGAACAACAAACCAUAUCUAUUUCCAAGGCUGGCAUUGUCACCUCGCUACAAGCACGAUGUUCUGUUAUUGCUGCAGCCAAUCCAAUUGGUGGAAGAUAUGAUGCGAGCAUGACCUUCAGUGAAAAUGUUAAUCUCUCGGAGCCAAUUUUGUCAAGAUUUGAUAUUUUGUGUGUUGUGAGAGAUGAAGUUGAUGUGAUGCAAGAUGAACAGCUCGCUCGAUUUGUUGUGAAGUCUCAUAGGAAGGUUCAUGCAAUGUACAGACCAUGCAAUUACGCAGACGAGCCACUCCCAGAUCCAGGUCUGAAACAAGUCGAUGUCAUACCUCAGGAUCUGCUUAAAAAAUAUCUACUUUAUGCACGUCAAAAUGUCCACCCAACACUCAAAAACAUUGACCAGGAUAAAAUCGCAAAUAUGUACAGCAAAUUACGUCAAGAGUCUCUUGUGACUGGAAGCCUUCCAAUUACUGCAAGGCAUAUAGAAAGUAUAAUUAGAAUGUCUGAAGCUCAUGCAAGGAUGCACUUGCGUGAAUAUGUACAAGAAUCGGAUGUCAACAUGGCUAUAUGCAUGAUGUUGCAGAGCUUUAUCCAGACACAGAAAUACAGUGUCAUGAAUGCUAUGAAAACGACAUUCCAGAAAUACCUUUCAUAUGACAAAGACAAUAAUGAAUUGCUGUACUACAUCCUACAGUCCAUGACGAAGGAUCAAUUGAUUUUCAUGAGAAGUUUACAUGGAACAAAAGUUCGUAUGCUGAAGCUGAGAGAGAAAGACUUCUUAGAUAAGGCCAGAGUCAUUGGUAUUACUGAUGUAUCAACAUUUUUCAAGUCUCAUAUUUUCACUGGUAAUGGAUUCAAGUAUGAAGCUGACAGACAUCUGAUAAUUAAGAAAAUAAUACACCCAGAUAAUGAAUGAACCUUCAGGGUAUAUGUUCCAAAACAGUUGUUUUAAACAAUCCCAGUGAUCUGUUGGAGAUGAGAUUGGCUUUCCUAGUGAGCUUAUCUCAUUCACGUCUGAUGUGUAUACAUAUUGUAUAAAUUGCAGUUUUCUGCCAAAGUGCUUUCUGUCAGGGGUGUGUGUGUAUGUGUGUGUGUGUGUGUGUGUGUGUGUGUGUGUGUGUGUGUGUACACAUGUACGUACAUGCACAAUAUACAAAGACCGCGUUUUGAAUGCUUAAAAGAAAGAAUUUAGUAUUUUUGUACUAGUGGCAGUGAAGAGUGCGAUGGAUAUCAUGGAUCUGCAACAAGACUGUUUUCAUCAAGUGGUUAACCAUAGUUAUAUAAAAAAGUACAGCCUGUUGUGUUGUUCAAAUGAUCAGUCUCUCUUGUCUUCUUUUGUUAAUGUAUUGUAUUCUCACUUUUCUCAAGGCAUUGCAUUUUCACUGAUGAAUAUAUGUGUGCGUGUGCAUGUGCAUGUGUAAUUCGAGUCUGUCUUCCUGUUCUUGUCUAUAAAAGUUAAUUUUUAACAUUGA